ACUACAACUCCCACAAUGCCCCGCGCUCCCGCCCACCGCCCCGCCCGCACCUGGCGCAUGCGCACAGCUCCAUAUGGCUCCAAGAUGGCUGACACAACGUCCGGGGGCUCCGGCACGAGGGGCAGCAAGCAGGCGGGCACCCCCGCAGACAAUUACCAGCUGGCGCGGCGCCGCACGCUGCAGGUGGUGGUGAGCUCGCUGCUGACCGAGGCCGGCUUCGAGAGCGCCGAGAAGGCGGCGGUGGAGACGCUGACCGAGAUGAUCCAGAGCUACAUCUCAGAAAUUGGGAGGAGUGCCAAAUCCUACUGCGAGCACACGGCCAGGACCCAGCCCACGCUCUCGGACAUCGUGGUGACCCUGGUGGAGAUGGGCUUCAACGUGGAAACCCUUCCUGCCUACGCCAAGCGCUCCCAGAGGAUGGUGAUCACUGCCCCUCCAGUGACAAACCAGCCCGUGACCCCCAAAGCCCUGACAGCUGGGCAGAACAAGCCUCACCCACCCCACAUUCCCGGCCAUUUCCCAGAGUUCCCAGAUCCCCACACCUACAUCAAGACCCCAACGUACCGGGAGCCGGUGUCCGAUUACCAGGUGCUGCGGGAGAAGGCGGCCUCGCAGCGCCGGGACGUGGAGAGAGCCCUGACCCGCUUCAUGGCCAAGACCGGCGAGACCCAGAGCCUCUUCAAGGACGAUGUCAGCACCUUCCCGUUGAUUGCUGCCAGGCCCUUCACGGUGCCCUACCUGACAGCUCUGCUGCCCUCUGAGCUGGAGAUGCAGCAGAUGGAGGAGACGGAUUCCUCAGAGCAGGACGAGCAGACGGACACCGAGAACCUCCCGCUGCACAUGAGCACGGGAAUGGGGAAUGGGGAAUGGAACUGA